GUGAGACAUAUAUGCACCGAACCCCCCUCAACAUUUCUCCAAAUUAAGAGAAACCCAAAACUCCGCGUCCACUUCAAGCUCCGAGAUUUGAUUCUCAAACCCUCGAGCUCUCUCUCUCUCGCAGCCAACCCCGAUCACCGUGCGAACUCCCUUUAGGGGGGAGAGAGGGAGUAUCGGGUUCAGUUGUCUCUCAGUGCUCGGGAUCGACCCAGUUCUCUUCGUCCACGAUUUAGGGUUUUUGAGGCGGGAAAUGAUAUUUUCAGCCCCAAAUUCUGAGAGAUGAGGAGAAGAGGUUUCGAUUUGAGGAGGCCAGGGAGGAGGCGAUGGCUUUCAUCGGGUUGGAUUUGGUUCUUAUUGAUUGGAUUGGGGUCCCUCUUGUUCCUCCUUUUGGUCACCACGCAGGAAAAGACCCCGAGAUCUCGGCCGCUCAUCGUUCAGAAUUCUUUCACCUCCAGUUUUCCAGGAGAUUUGAAUGUUACAGAUGAACUGUUAAACCCUCUAUCGGUCACUAGGCAGCUCCUUGAUCAGAUUUCUCUUGCAAAGACUUAUCUAGUAAUAUCCAAAGAAAACAACAACCUUGAGUUUGCACGAGAACUUGGUGGACAGGUCAGAAACUGCCAGUCUCUCCUUGCCACUGCUGCAACCCGAGGAUAUCCAUUAUCCGUAGAAGAAUCAGAAGCAACAAUCCGAGGCAUGGCUCUUCUGCUUUAUCAAGCCCAGCAGCUCCACUAUGAUGGUGCAAUUACAAUCACAAAGAUGAAAGGCCAACUUCAAACUCUUGAGGAGAAGUCUAAAUUAGAAACAGAUAAAAGCUCAAAAUUUGGGCAAAUAGCUGCUGAAGAACUUCCAAAAAGCCUAUACUGCCUUGGUAUCAAACUGACGAUGGAAUGGUUUAAGAACCUGCAUCGUUAUAGAAGAGCCGUAGAAGCAAGAACUUCUUCGGAGAAGCUUAGAAACAAUAACCUCUAUCACUACUGUAUCUUCUCUGACAACAUUCUUGCUGCAUCAGUUGUAGUCAAUUCCACAGUAACUAAUUCAAAGCACCCAGAUCUUCUUGUUUUCCAUGUGGUUACUGAUGAGGUGAAUUACACACCAAUGAGGGCCUGGUUCAGUAUGAACAAGUUCCAAGAUGCCACCAUUGAGGUCCAGAAGUUUGAAGAUUUUACUUGGCUUAAUGCGUCCUAUGUUCCCAUUUUAAAGCAGCUUAAAGAAUCUGAUACUCAGAGCUUCUACUUCUCGGGCAAAGGAAAUAGUAAAACUCCAAUAAAGUUCCGGAACCCAAAGUAUUUGUCAAUGUUAAACCACCUAAGGUUCUACAUGCCAGAAGUGUUCCCUGCGCUGCACAAGGUGGUGUUUCUUGAUGAUGACGUUGUAGUUCAGAAAGAUUUAUCAGAGCUGUUCUCGAUCAAUCUUAAUGGUAAUGUUAUAGGAGCAGUUGAGACAUGCAUGGAGACAUUUCACAGGUUCCAUAAGUACUUGAACUUUUCUCAUCCUUUGAUUAAAGCCCAUUUUGAUCCCGAUGACUGUGGGUGGGCAUUCGGGAUGAAUGUGAUUGAUCUGAGGGAAUGGAAGAAGAAGAAUGUGACGGGAAAUUAUCAUUAUUGGCAGGAGAGGAAUGUGGAUCACACACUAUGGAAGCUUGGAACAUUGCCUCCCGGAUUGCUGGCCUUUUAUGGAAUGGUAGAGAGGCUGGAUGCUAAGUGGCAUGUGUUGGGAUUGGGUUACAAGGAGGUAGAGCAAUCUGCAAUUAAGGAAGGUGCCGUGUUGCAUUAUAAUGGUAACAUGAAGCCUUGGCUCAAGAUUGGGAUGGAGAAGUAUAAGAUUUUGUGGGAUAAGUACGUGGACUACUCACACCCAUUAUUGCAGAGGUGCUUUGUCCAUUAGCUUGAUUGAUCGCUGAGAUUGUUAUAGUAGAAGCAUUAGGAAAUUUAACGUUGUGUUCUGUUAUUCUUUGGCUAUCGUCUUAUAGAAGCAAAGGUAUCGUUAAGGUUAAUAGGAAUGACGGUAAACAUCAAAUGAUUCAGAUUACAGAUGUAUUAGCUUCUGAUGGAAAAGGUGGUGACAUUAUCAGUCUUUAGUGGCAAAGCCGAGAAAAUUUUUGAGGCCCUAAGGACUUCAUAUUCUUUCGUCGAUUGUAAAAUUAAAUGCUGAGCUUUUUGUUUAAACUGCUCAUGCGGUCUUUUUUUUUUAAAUUAUUUAUUAACAUGCUUAAUUAGGCUCAAGAUGAUGUUCAGAAUUGCUUGUAUGGUUAAAGAAAGGAGAUUGGAUGAAUGUUUCUGUAGGUAUUUAUUCUGUAAGUCGAAUUUCAUAGCCUGCAUUGAAACUGAGAAAUUUGAAGCAGCAUUUUUCAUCUU